AUGGUGGCUGAUGCUCGUUAUCAAGCUCACUUGGCCUCAGCAAUGGAAAGCAAAGAGGUGACUGCCCAGGUUGAUGGGGAAAUUCUGGAGACACUCUGGGCUCCCUUCAACAAGAUAUCCCCAACAGCUCGUUCCGUGAGCCAAGCCCACCUCAUCAUGUGGGAAAGUGACGAGAGACAAGCCGUGGAACAGUGGGGGGCUCAUCUUGAUAUAUACAAUCUAAAAAUAGAUAAAGCACCAACAAUGGCAGACAUAAGGCUUAAAUUAACCGAAACAGAAUAUGCUGAUACCGGCAAAUUGGGUCUGGUAUCUUGGCUUAUUGAAGGUAUCAAUUUGGAAGAUGUGCAGGAUGCAUUACAAGUAGAUAUUUGGCGGCUUCCCAGAGAUGCAUCUGCUACUCAAAAGGUUGUGGUCGCAGAGAAACAGCAAAAAUUAGCUGCACAUAUAUCAAAAUAUCACAAAAAAACUGAUGCCAUGACACAGGGCAUUGAAUUAAACUCAGGUACAGUGCCCGUGGAUGACACCAGAUUUUGCACUGCAGAUACUGAGGAGCUAGGGGAAGAAGUUGUAGAUGUCGAGUUUACCUCAGAAGAGAUCGUCGAUGAAGUUCCUGCAGAAGUGAUGGGUAUUUGGAUGCCA